CUCGAACACAAUAUUCUACCUCUGAUGAAGGAGGUGAUCGUAAAGAUCCUUGCUCACCUCCUGUCGAUCUUGGGAGUGGCGACUAGGCUCACGAGAGAAAAGCGUGCGGUCACAUACUUCAAGACCUUGGUCGGAGAGAACAGCCUUGUCCAAGACGCGCUGACGAAAUUAGACAAGCUGACUGCUCAAGAAGGCCAAGCCGUUGCAGCUGCUACGCUUUCGGUUUCGAGUAAUAUCCUCUCACAACUGGAGACUAGGAUGAAAGCCGAUCAACAGGGCAUGGACGUUCUGAGCACUACUAAGUCGAUGCUUACGAAGAUCGCUCAGGAAGCCGAGACGAUAUCUGGUAGUUCUCAAGAGAGUCAAAUCAUACUCGAAGAAAUUCGGGGGUAUGUCACGCAAAAUUCCGAGAAAAUCUUACCAUUUCUUUCCGACCAGCAUCGUCGUGAAUUCCAUCGGUGGCUGGCAUCCCCGUCGCCAUUGUCAAUUUACGAGAGCACUCGAAAGAUGCGGAGAGCCGGGACCGGAUCGUGGUUCAUCCAAGCUACCCAGUACAAGCGCUGGAAGACCAAGCAUAACUCUUUGCUAUGGGUCACCGGUGGCCCCGGGUGCGGGAAGAGCGUAUUAUCUUCCACAAUCAUACAGGACAUCGAGUUCAAUUCCGCAGUCGACUCAUCCGUUGCUCUUGCCUACUUUUACUUCGACUUCAGGGACUCGGGAAAACAGUCUUGUCUGGGACUAGUAUCGUCCCUCGUUGAUCAGCUCGCCUCGCGUUGCUCGGAAAUGCCUGCCGUUUUGGACCGGCUCUAUGCCACUCAUCGGAAUGGGGUCUUACGGCCUACACUGGACAGUCUAGUAACAACUCUCAAAGAGAUGAUAGUCGACGUCUUCUGCAGCGUUUACAUCGUCAUCGACGCUCUUGACGAAUGUUCCGAGCGAGAGACUGUCAUGGAUCUCCUCGAGGAGAUCACGAAGUGGAAACUUGGCGGUCUGCAUAUUUUGCUCACGAGCCGGAAGGAAGAGGACUUGAAUGUUCGCCUGCUGCCGCUCUCAGUAGAAUUCAGUCUUCAGACCUCUCUCGUUGAUCGAGAUAUUGCCUAUCAUGUUCGUGCUGCCUUGCAGCAUGACCAAUCCCUUUCGAAAUGGAAACCCGAACAGAAACAGGAUAUAGAAACAUGUUUGAUUCAAGGCGCACACGGCAU